GAAGGGGUCUGGAGGAGGGAAAAUUUCCCUUUCUGGUGAAAGGGGACUGGAGCAUUAUGACAGUCAAGUCUUUAAAAGCUUAUGAGUUCCCAGAGUCCUUGCCGAGUAGCCGCUGCCUCCGCUGAUGUUGUCGGAUGUCAAUAAAGAGAGGUUGAAGGCAACACUUCUAAUGGAGCAGGUAACAUCGAAAGGUGCUGGCUUGAACCCCAACGCAAAAGUGUGGCAAGAGGUGCCCCAGGGCAGUGGUGAGGCCCUGCCCCCCACCAAUGGCACAGAGCACACGUGGCAGGAGACAGCAGCAGCCCAGGGGACGCCAGCUGAGGGUAACAUAGAGAUCUCAGAGGACAGCUGCAAGCAGUAUGAAGUGAUGUAUUCCCCAUCCUGUGAAGCCACAAGGAAUGGCACAGGAGUUGAUGAGGCAGCAGCAAAUGGAAUUGUCCUGGCAACUGAAGAUCUGGGAUACCAAAUCUAUGAAGUGUCUGGUGAUGGCAGCUCCACUGUGUCCACAGAAGACAUUAGAGAAUGUUUGAGAAAACAGCUCGAGUUCUGCUUCUCACGAGAGAAUCUUUCAAAGGAUCUCUACUUGAUGUCUCAGAUGGACAGUGAUCAGUUUGUUCCAAUAUGGACAAUUGCCAACAUGGAAGGGAUUAAGAAGCUGACAACGGAUAUGGACCUUAUUCUUGAAGUUUUGAGAUCUUCUCCAAUGGUACAAGUGGAUGAAAGGGGGGAGAAAGUCAGACCAAACCACAAACGAUGUAUUAUCAUUCUCCGUGAGAUCCCUGAGACGACACCUAUCGAGGAGGUGAAGGCUCUGUUCAAGAAUGAGAACUGCCCCAAGGUGAUAAGCUGUGAGUUUGCUCACAACAACAACUGGUACGUUACAUUCCAGUCCGACACAGACGCGCAACAGGCGUUCAAAUACUUAAGGGAAGAAGUGAAAACCUUUCAGGGCAAGCCAGUAAUGGCCAGGAUAAAAGCCAUCAACACAUUUUUUGCUAAGAAUGGUUACCGGGUGGUGGAUUCCAGUGUGUAUCCCCAGCCUGUGCAGACCCAAGCCCAGUUUGCCUCCCCCCUGUUUAUGCAGCCUGUAUAUAGCCCUCAGCAGUACUCCAUUUACAGCAUCGUGCCUCAGACCUGGUCUCCAAAUCCUGCACCUUACUUUGAGACACCACUGGCCCCGUUUCCCAACGGUGGAUUUGUGAAUGGCUUUAAUACACCAGGAUCAUAUAAAACAAAUGCUGCUUCUCUGAGUAUAGGUCGCCCAUUCCACAGGAAUAGGGUGAAGCCUCAUUUCCGCUCCUCCAGCAGCUCAGAGCACCCCGAGGGGCCGCCUGGUGCUGGUGCCCUGCCCAUGGGGGACCUGAGCAGAACCAGCUCCAGGAAUUUUGUCAUGGAGAGACACAACAGCUCCUUGACUGGGCACCAAGAGCCAGGGUAUUCCCAGAAGGAUUCUCCCACGGCACAGCUGGAGCAGAACGGCGACUACGGCGUCGGCAGGGGCAGGAGGAACGUCUUCAGAGGUCGGAGGAGACGGGAGGACGACCGAGUUUCAAGACCUCAGCCUUCAGCAGAAACAAAGACUCAGACACCAAAGUUUGACUUGCUUGCAUCCAAUUUCCCACCUUUGCCUGGCAGCACAGCAAAAAUUCUGGGAGAGCCUGUGCUGGAGAGCAGGAUGUCUGACAUUGUUAAAGGAGUCUGCAAAGAGAAGGAAAGCAAAGAGUCCCCGUCCCCCUGCCCGGCUCCUGCUGCGGACGAACCAGCGCCCAGCGCUGCCCAAACACCCGUGCCCAGCGUGAGCUCCCCGAGCCAGCCUGAGCCUGUGCUGCUGAGCACGGUUCAGCCAGAGAGCAAACCAGAAGAAGUGUCAGCUCCAAAGGACGCGGCCAGCCCGGCUUCUCCACCGGCGUCCGUCUGUCCUGUGAGUGCUGCAAAGGCACCCAGGACAAACAGCUGCUCACCUGCUGCUCCAGCAAGUGCAGCUCCUGCCCUGUCAGUGCAGGAGCCUCGCAAGCUCAGCUACGCCGAAGUUUGCCAGAAGCCCCCAAAGGAGCCACCCCCAGUCCCUGUCCAGCCUCUGAGGGAGCAGCGCACCAACAUCGUUCCCCCUGCCAAAAACGAAGAGAAUGGCACAGUGGAGAAGGCUCAGGAGAAGGCUCCUCACGAGAGGCCUGAAGGAAGAAUGAAGGAUUUCUCCGGGUUCCGCGGCGGCGCAGCUCCCAGGGGAGCUGCUGGGAAAAUCAGGGAAAAUCAGAGGCGCCAGUUUGGACGCAGGUCUUCGCCUCAGGGAGCGCCACGCCGCGUGGGCAAGGAGCAGUUCGUGGGCAAGGAGCAGCAGUUCGUGGGCAAGGAGCAGUACAAGGAGCAAUUCGUGGGCAAGGAGCAGCAGUUCAUGGGCAAGGAGCAACAAUUCAUGGGCAAGGAGCAGUACAAGGAGCAGUUCGUGCCACCAAAGUAACGCUGGGCCAGCCAAUGAUUCUCUGUUCAACUUGAGCUGUGGACUAAAGAGCAGCAGAGAGACUUGAGGAGGGAAGGAUUCGGGAAGGGGAAUACUGAACUGGAGCGUGGCUUGUGUGGAGAAGUUGUGGAGGGUCCCAAAAUUCAUCUCUAAAAGUGAUUUCAUAAAUGCUGGAGGAUUCCAAUCACUAUAAAUAUAGAGAUUAUAAUUUUUGUAUUUUUGUUUUUAAUUUGCAGAGGGUUUCCUGCUUGAAAUCAGCUUUGGGAUUGUGAAAGUAGCGUUUUGACAAAGUGGAAGAAUACGAGUUGACAAAUUAACCUGUCCCUCGGUGUAGGAGGAAGAGGAUAAGAGAAUAUUAUUUUUGGAAAAUGAGCAUUUCUGUAAAAUUAGAACUUUUUUUAACCUAUUUAACGUUUGGCUUGUGGGCUGGUGUGUCUGCCAUGGAUGGCCUGGCAUUGCAGAGGCCUCUGCAGCAGCACGAGCAGAGCGAGUGCAGCCAGAACUGUUGUCAUCACUUGGUCACUGAUGAUGAAAACUGAAUGUACUACUGUAGUAACCCAUGUGUUUCCAGCUUGAAGUAGAGUCUCUUGACCUUACUAAUAAUUCAUUCAGCAAGCUUUUUAAGGUAUAAGUUCUGCAGGAUCCUGGAUUGUAGCUGAGAGUGUGUGGACAGCAGAAAUUGUCUGGUAGACGCAGUGGAAGGAGGCAAAGGGAGCACGUGAGAAUCUUUAUUUUGCCCUUUUUCCUCGCCUCCUUUUGAGGGCAAUUCCUUAGGUUUGGGGUUUUGUUUGUUUGCUUUUUCCCUCUCUUGUUACUUUCUCUAAUUUCUUUAUUACAGACUUUAGUGCAUUUUUUUUUUUCUUGGUGUGUUUUCCUGAGGCAGCCCCAGAGUAGGACGGGCAGGUGGCUGCACAGCACCUGGUGUUACCUGCACAGGUAAAGAGCCUGGAAUUCCAUCUGCAGAUGUGGAAUUGCAGCUGCAGAUGUGGCAUUCUGCCGUGCAGGUGGGAACUCUGGGCACUCCCUGUCAUCUCUGGAUGCAAACCAGAGCUGUGGCUGGGUUUUCUCGGUGCUGACUCUGGAAUAGGCUGUUGGCUGCUGUAUUGCCAGAAAUCAGGGUUCAGACUCCUGGGAACUCGUUGUUUACAGCUGAUGUCAUAGCAACUGACUCCUUUUUAACUGUUUAAAGUGGAACUAAAGAUGCAGAGUUCAAGAAAUCCCCUCGUGUUCAGAGAAGCUGCUGGAGUGGUGGCUCCUUGCCAGCUGUGUGCUGACUGAAUUUGCAACACUAUUGUGCAGUAAGUGGUUAAGUUUCAGGGUGAUUAAUGACUGAAAUAGGAACAUUGAGCACAUUAAUCUGCCAAAAUCAGCAUACCAGGGUUCAAAGUUCUGUAUAAAGCGUUAGGGAAAAGUAGCUUCCAGCAGUAAGAAUCACACCUUUAUUUUUUCCUCCUGUUUUUUUUUUUCUUUUUUUUUUAGUGAAUAGCAAGUGUACAAAUUUAAAGUUGUAAGUUGUGAACACUGGAAAACUCAAUUGUGAUAUAUUCCAUAACCAUCUUAGUAAUAUAUGCUCGUGUUGCCAUAGAAUGAAUGUAAGUGGCAGUUAAAAUUACUGUGAAAUUUUUCAUCUUCUGAUUCCUUAGCCAGAUAACCCUUGGCAACUUGGGCCUCAGUAGGAAUUCUCUAUCAACUGCUUGGAGAACACUCAUAUCUAUUUUUAUAAAUAUAUAUAUAAAGCCAGAGUUGUCAUUUCUCUAACUUAUUAUUCAGCUUGGCAAUUGCUUUGAGUUGAUUCAUAAGACAAUAUAAUGUAUUUAUGCAGUUAACUGUUCAUUUCUACGUAUGGUAUAAAAGAGAGAGUCAGAAAAUCAUAGAAUGGGCUGAGUUGGAAGGGACCCAUCAGGAUCAUGGAGUCCAACUCCUGCACAGACACCCCAAAAAUCCCACCCUGUGCCUGAGAGCUUUGUCUAAAUGCUCCUUGAAAUCAGCCAGGCUUGGAGCUCCCCCCUUCCCUGGGGAGCCUGGUCAG